AUGAACUCGUUCCAGACUGCGUUCUGGGGCGUCGCCUUGAUCAUGGAGUUUGCGGAUAUCGGCAAGGGCGGUAGCCAUGUAGGGCUUGGAUUCGGUGUCUUCGUAUUCCUCAGCUACUUCGGUCUCUUCAUCUACUCGGUCAUCGGUUAUCGUCGCGCGAAGGCAGAGGCCAAACGAGGCCAGUACGCACCGGCGCACAACCCAUUCGGGGGUUCCGUACCUGCUCAGCAAUCAUCUCCGUACAACAGCGCACCCGAAUACCAAAAUACCGCAUACCACUCGCAGACGCAACCUGCUGAGAUGAACAACCAGUAUCUUCCGCCAUAUCAGAGCGGUGCUGCGACGGACUACUACCAGCAGCCGGUGAAGCCUGCUCAUAUCGUAUGA